UUUUCUACUUCCAAUUUUCUAUAGAGGAAAACACCUUGUGUUUUGAUAAGGAUUGAAUUUCCUGUUUCUACUUAAGCAAUUUCUAGAUCAGCUUCUUGUUUCUGUAUCUAGCAUUCUUGAGGAAUUUUCUUGACAUUCUUUCUCUAAAUACAAGUCAAUUUUCUUUUUUUCUGCAAAAUAUGCUGCUAUAAAAGAAUUUAGUAGCUGUCCCGAAUUCUUUGAAUCGAAUCGAAUCUCAUCUUCUGUGCAUUGCAUGUUGUUAGAUACUUAUCUUUAGAGAUUUUAUGAUAUUGGUGCUAACGAUCUUUCUCAUUAGUUGUUAGUUUUAGCUUUUUUUAAUUCCAUUGGUAAAAACUGAACAUUGUGAAAGGUGUCAUUUUCGUUGUUGAAAGUAUGGCUCGUUACAGGCUGUAGUUAUUCUGUCUGUUUCUUUUUCCUGUGGUUAGAAGUUGUCAUCAAAUCAUAAUAAAUUUCAGUGUUUCUUUUCAAUAUCGAAAUUUAUCUGUUUCAAUCUUUUCAUUUUCAUCGAUUAUGAGCAAUCUGGAUCAACAAGUGGUUGAGUUCACAUGUAUUCUCUUUUCAUAAAGAUAGCAAACAAUGGUAUUUUCCUUUGCCAAAAGGGAACAUAUUGUACGGACUGGGAGUGGCUCUGUUUCAGUUAUAGUGUAUGGAGAUCCCGACAAGCCAGCUUUAGUCACUUAUCCUGAUUUAGCUUUAAAUCAUAUAUCCUGUUUCCAAGGAUUGUUCUUUUGUCCAGAAGCUGCAACUUUGCUGCUCCACAAUUUCUGCGUUUACCAUAUUAGUCCUCCAGGACACGAGUUGGGAGCUGCGGCAAUUUGUGCCGAUAUCCCUGUGCCUUCUCUCAGUGACUUAGCCGAUCAAAUUCUUGAAGUGCUUAACUAUUUUAAGCUUGGUGCAGUUAUGUGCAUGGGCGUAAUGGCUGGAGCUUAUGUUCUCACCUUAUUUGCUAUGAAAUUUAGGGAGCGAGUUCUUGGUUUGAUACUUGUUUCUCCUUUAUGUAAAGCUCCAUCUUGGACAGAAUGGCUGUGCAAUAAGGUAAUGGCCAACUUGCUCUAUUACUAUGGAAUAUGCAACAUGCUUAAGGAUUGUUUACUUUAUCGGUACUUUAGCAAGGAAGUUCGUGGCAGUGCUGAAGUUCCAGAAUCAGACAUAGUUCAAGCAUGCAGAAAACUGCUUGAUGAGAGGAAGAGCUCAAAUGUUCUGCGGUUCCUUCAAGCAAUAAAUAGGAGACCUGACAUUACUGAUGGGCUGAUGACGCUAAAGUGUCGAACUUUAAUAUUUGUUGGAGAUGAUUCUCCUUUCCAUUCAGAAGGUCUUCACAUGGCUGCUAACUUAGACAGAAGAUACAGUGCCUUGGUAGAGGUUCAAGCUUGCGGGUCAGUAGUGACUGAGGAGCAGCCAUACGCAAUGUUGGUGCCGAUGGAAUAUUUUCUCGUAGGGUAUGGUAUACACAAACCGAAUCAUUUUAACAGCAGCCCCAGGAGUCCACUUUACCCUACGUGUAUCGCUCCAGAACUCCUCUCUCCAGAAAGCAUGGGAUUAAAGCUAAAACCAAUCAGGACUCACCUUUCAUCACAAAGAUAGAAGUCGUCACUUAAUUACUAUUGUAAAUUGGGAGGUUCGUAUAACACGUUCGUUCUAUUUAUUUAUUUAUUUUGCCAGGCCAUCGUGUUAGGGCGAUUGAGGAGGGUAGAUAUUGUUUUAGAUUGUAGUAAUUCUUGAUUGAACAUAGGGUUGGGAUUGUUUUAGACUAUUCUUUCGUGUGUAGUUAGUUAUGCCAUUCAUGACUUGAUCUGUUAGAUCCGUAGACGACUACAACGACCGUGACACGAGCAAUAAAGAAUGGAGAGGGAGUGGACUCUAGUUGCUCGAAUUAUCUGGCAUCUAUUUGUGUUGUCAAUUUUGUUGUUGUUUAUAUAGAAAUAGAGAUUUGAUCUUAUUCCCUUAGGUUUGCAAGCACAUGGAGCUGGGCUGCCAAUAUGCUUUUAGUUUUCAUGGACAACUGUAAUGUGAUAGCUACUGCAUUCCUUUAUAUUAAUGUGAUGGAUAUUACAAUCAAA